AUGACGUUAACCACGGAAAAAGAAGAAGUGAAGGCUAUACUAGACAAUCUCUGCGAAUUUUAUCAGGCUGAUUUAAAGAAAGUGAAUGGAAGUGGAGCUUACAGAGAAAGGAAUAGGAACGAACAGUCACGACCUAGUUUCCUUCCGUUGGCCAAAAAGAUUUUUGACGACAUACCUGCAUCAAAGGUUCCUGCUUUAUAUUUGGCGUUGUUCGAAUGUGUGCCAGACUACGUCGCCACUCAUAACCUUCAAACGCAAGUUGAAAAUGAAAAUGGGAGGAAAGCAAUGUUUAGUGUGGAAGAGUUGCUACUAAACGUUAUUAUUCCUUACCAGCUACCUCAUUCAGUGAAAGCGCAAUGUUCUCAUUCGUCAGAAGCUUGUUCUAGUAACAAGAAGAGUUCCAAAGGAGCUCAUUACGUGCAAGUACCCGCUCGAGUGCGUUUGGAAAUUGAGCAUUCUGUUCGUCUGAUGAGGCAUUUCCUCCCAAUCAAACUUCCCCCCGAGACGAAAAUCUGGAGACAAAUCCGAUAUAUACUUGUUCCGUCUAACAACAAGGAAAAACUUCGCAUGUUAGGGCCUGAAGUAUCCGAAGCAUUUAUGAAUGGUACGAUAAGCUUUGCUGCUCUGACGUUUGCAAUGAAGGAUGACGUGCUGUCUCAAUUCAUAAGUGAACCAUCUGCAAUACUUCAUGCCCUCUAUCUGGGUCCGCUAGGUGGGGUGGGUUGUCCAGGAAUCCCCAGUUGUUGUCUUUGUGAUCACUUCCAAGGUUUUGCGUCAGGAAGAAGUGCGGAAUUUCGCAAGCAGUGUCGAGCUGUAUUGAGCGAAGUUGAAAUGGCUAUGAAAUCUCCCGAAGAAUUUAGUGCCCGAAAGUCUUCAAGUAUUCGCGAUGGUAAUUUGGAGUUGUGCAGUUUCCAUAAUUUUCGACAAAAUGCUCAGAUUUUAUUGCGUGAUUUGAGAGGAGAAUCGAAAGUUGACGCUAUUAUACCGAUGGGAUGGGCGUGUGCUGCAUUAAAAAAGUUUGCUAGAAAGACAUACGUGGAAAAGACAUGGAAGGAAGAGAACUUAUAUGAGUUGAUUUGGACUAUAAUGUGUCAACGGCCAAACUUGAAGAAAUUUAUUUGCGAUCUACUUGAGAAAGAUUUUCAUGAUUAUGGUGCAGCGCGAUACUGGCGUCGCAUGCAACCUGCACUUAUGCAUCGCACAAGCAUACGGAACAGAAAUGAGUCCUUAUACGAUCCAUUGCUACCUACAACGGAUUACCUGAACUUCCUCUCCGAUGUAAAGAACAUCUCUUUUCUACACACGGCUGGUGACCUUCAUUUACUUUCGGAUGAACUGAAAACGCUCAGGAACAAAAACCCUGCCUCGCAAUUAAUUGUCGGCCUUGAUGCUGAGUGGAGCGCCUAUGUUGCUAACAGCAGGGCCACUAUUUUACAAUUGUCACUUCGUGAUCGUGUUUUUAUCAUUGACUUGGACAAUCGUGCAGAACUUCCCGCAAGCGCUCUGCGGGAGUUUUUCGACUUGUUAUUUCUCGAUAAACGGAUCCUUAAGUUGGGAUUCCAGUUCAAUGAGGAUCUCGUACAGAUGCGCGCUGCAGUACCUCACUGUCGAGCUUUGUUCGAGCCUGAAAAUGUUGUAUGUGUAGGAAGAAUGGUUGCAGAGUUGCUUGAACGAACAGAAAAAUUAGAAGACUGCGACGUUGUGCUAAAUGAGAUACUUCCACCGGCACCCGUAAAUGAGGAGCCAGAGCAACCAGAAAACACGGGGGAGGAGAAUGCAGAAAAUCCUACCGAGACAACCGCACCACCCCCGAAGGGGCAGCAAGGCGAGUCAGUCAUGCAGCGCACUGUGAAUCGAGGAUUGUCCUACAUGUGUGAACGAGUACUGGGUCGUCCGCUUGAUAAAACGGAACAGUGCUCAGUUUGGGAUCGUCGACCGCUUCGCUCAUCACAGCUGAGGUACGCUGCGAUGGAUGCUUAUUGCUUGGUCCUGAUUUAUGAUGUUUGUUGUCGAUGGGCACAACGCUUAGAUGUGUCUAUUGAAGAUAUUUUAAAACAACAAGAACCUAUUCGUGUGUCACCACCGCUUCUUAGCGAAGAGUUUUAA